GAUCCUGCGGCUGCUGGAGGAGGCGGUGGCUGCUGGGGUAGCACAGCUGUUACAGUGCAGCACUGGUCCCUCCUCCCAGCUGCGGCUGCCUCAUCUCUCCCCCCCCCCCCCCCGCCCCGUCCCGUCCCUCCCCUCCGCCGCUCCCGACGCUGCUGCUGCUGCUGCUGCCGCCGCGGCCACCUCCUCCUCCUCCUCCCCACCCCCUCUCUCUCUCUCUCCAUCUCUCUGUCCCGUUCCCCCUUUCCCCCGCCUCUCUCCGCCCUGCCGCCGGCGGCCCUGGCAGAGCAGGCACUGCAGGGGGAUCUCAAUGUAACACCAUGACAGGCAUCGCCGCCGCCUCCUUCUUCUCCAAUACCUGCAGGUUCGGGGGCUGCGGGCUCCACUUCCCAAGCCUGGCUGAGCUCAUCGAGCACAUUGAGGACAACCACAUCGAUACAGACCCACGUGUGUUAGAGAAACAAGAACUACAACAGCCAACAUAUGUUGCUCUAAGUUACAUUAACAGAUUUAUGACUGAUGCAGCUCGCCGUGAGCAGGAAUCCUUGAAGAAAAAGAUUCAACCUAAACUCUCUUUGACUUUGUCAAGCUCAGUGUCCCGUGGGAAUGUAUCUACUCCACCCCGCCACAGCAGUGGAAGCCUUACUCCGCCAGUCACCCCCCCAAUCACUCCCUCCUCCUCAUUUCGUAGUAGUACACCAACAGGUAGCGAAUAUGAUGAGGAAGAAGUAGACUAUGAAGAAUCAGACAGUGACGAGUCCUGGACCACAGAAAGCGCCAUCAGCUCAGAAGCUAUCCUCAGUUCAAUGUGUAUGAAUGGAGGGGAUGAGAAGCCUUUUGCCUGUCCUGUUCCUGGAUGUAAAAAAAGAUAUAAGAAUGUGAACGGUAUAAAGUACCAUGCCAAGAAUGGCCACAGAACACAGAUUCGUGUACGCAAACCAUUCAAAUGCCGUUGUGGAAAAAGUUACAAGACAGCUCAGGGCUUGCGGCACCACACAAUCAAUUUCCAUCCCCCAGUGUCUGCUGAGAUUAUCAGGAAGAUGCAGCAAUAACAUGCUGGUCACAAAUGUGCCAAGAAAUCCUCACCAGCAGUUGCUGAUUUUGAAAACAGCCACCUUUUUCAGGGGAAGCAUUCAGCAACCCUUUAAAAAAAAAUGAAAUGCAUGCUUUAAAUUUUUCUGUAAUUUUGGAAUGAUGUAUCUUUGUAGAGUUAAUGAUUUUGUACAUUUGCACUUGUAAUCAUCAUACCCAUUUUCAUUACUUUGAUAUAAGGUGCUAAAAAAGCUAUAGGUUCUUCAGAACACUUUCCCCAAAACAAAAAUUAGGGGGUGUUGCAUAUUUAGUUGUACUGCAGUGUUAAAUAGGGGUGUGGAGAGGAAAGCUUGGCACUGACAUCAUUUCAAGAUUGUAAUGUGGUUGAAAAUUUUCAACGCAUCCGUUUGUGUGUGUGUGUAAAACCAAAACAAUACCACCAUUGUCAAACUGGUUAACAUGCCUUACAUACUGGAGUUAUCAAUGGUGUAGCAAGUCUUUAGGUAUUGGAAAUAUAAAUAAGAAAGAAUGUUUAACAUAAUAUGCUAAAAAUAUUUUCAUACUUAAAUAACAUACAUAAAAAGGUGUGCUUGCUGUAUUUUAUAUUAUCUUGCAAAUUCUUUUUUCCCUUUUGAAAUGCUGAAAAUCUUGCCAUUUGAACUAGUAAACAAUCACCUUUAGUGUUAGGAUUAUUAUUGUUUUUAUACAAGAUGAUGUAUUAAGUUCAUGCCCAUCAAACUUUUGAGGACCAAGAUCCCAGGCCAACUAAAUAUUUUCUCCUGAAAUCUACUGUUAGAAAGACGCUUCGAAAUACUUAAGUGCAAAUUUGUGUGUGAGAGAGAAACAAUUAUAUCUUCAUCUCAGAUGAAGUUUUAAAGCACUUUGUAGUUCUCUGUUGCCAACAGAUUUAAUGUUUUAUGCGUUGCCAAUUUUUGCAACUACAGUACUAACUUAUGCCUGUGAUUGCAAAUAAAAAUUAAAAAUUCUAAGCUUUGUUUAAGGAGGUAUGUUAUUUGUGUUACAGAAAUUUCUAGUGACCCUCCUUCACGUUCAUUAUAUUUUGAAAUUUUCUUUGUAUAUUUUUUGCCUCUUAUUGUAAAUCACUCCAUUCCAGUUGGAAAUAUCUGUUUAGCUUUACAAAUCACUUUGCUGAAAUAUGACAUGAGCCUUACUGAAGAUGAAGUGCUUCUUGCAGCCAGUGUCAAAGAUUGACUUGAAACAAGAGCCAUUGUAAAAAGACUUGUCUGGACCAUACCUGAACAUAUAUUGCUUACAAUACCAUAAUGCCUUGAGCAUUCUUCUCUCACAAGUGCUAUUCUUUGAAGCUUAGAUUAAAAAAAACCUAUAAAAAUUCAGACCUAUUUCCCAUGAAAACAAAUUAAGCGUUUUGAAAUGUAGUAACUUUCCUCUCUCCCUGUAUUUUGCAUGAAAGUUCAGACAAAUGAGAAACAGACCUCCAUUUUUCUAAAACAUUAAAAAUGAACUUUGAAAAGAUGACAAUUUUCUGUUAACCUACUACUGAAUCCCUCAUAAUGAGGUUUUAAAGAAGCAUUUGCAAAAUCCCCAUUUAAACAAAUCAUUGCCUCAAAGCCUGAAGAGGAGAUAGUGUUGUCCGUUCAGUUUAAAUGAUCCAGACAUGAGAAUCAACUUGUUGCUGUAUUAAAGAUCUCAUUUGGCUACUUCCUAACUUCUGAACUGUUUUGGCAGCAGAUCGGGACAGCAAGUAUCAUUGGCUCUGCUCUAGUGCAAGAAACUAUAGGCUGGUUAAGUUAGUUUAACAGCUAAACAGUCAUAAAAAGUCACUGCAUGUAAAUUCCUUUCAACUAUGAAAAUGAAAUUCCAGUUUCUAUUUACCUAUUCAUUGUGACAGUAUUAUUAAACAGGUAAAGAUGGGACUAUUUUGUUAUACUGUGUAUAGUGAAUGUAUUGUACUGUGUCUGUGAAAAGUGUGCUUUAAAUUAUAUUUUCAUAUGUUUUGUUGGGGACAAAGUACAUUAAGUUUGAAAGUGACAGAGGUUUGUUUUAGAACUGAAGGCAACUUAAUGAAUCGAAAUUCCUGUCAAGAAAGCUGCUUAUAAAUGUAAAUCAAAUCACAUUUAAAAUAAACUGCCUCUGACCCAAAACAAA